ACGACUCAGCUGUUGACCGACCAGACCCAGAAGGAAUCCCAGAUCGUCCACCAGAGCAUGCCCAUUGGACCACACGCUAGAAUCCAGGACAGUACCGAGGCUCAGCGGCCCUUUGCCGCCCCGAACUAAUGACUAUGGCCGAGACUGCUAUCGAAACCAAUGCCACCCACGACAAGGCGAACAACAACCAUCCCCUGGUGAUAAACCACAACGUUCACGGCCACCGUCCCCUGGUCAAGCAGAGGAAACGCAAGAGACUGAGUCAGGUGCUGGACAAGCUGACCGGCGCCGGCAGCGAAUCUCCAGAUCCAGAACCGCGCAACGGGGUCGAGAACAUCAACAAUAACGUGCAACACCUGAACAACAACAUCAGAAAUUCGGGUAACGACGGUCGUCUGCAUUCCAAAACGCCCAAGCACGACGCGGGUGAUUUCAAGUUCGACCUCCCGGAGAAGUUGAGGUUAGGAUCUGCAACGAACGCGAGCGAAGACGAGGACGUGUUCAGUCCUACCAGUUCGAGUAACAAGUCGCCGCAUAGUUCCACGGAAUCCCCAAGGAUAAGCUUCAGUCCGUUGAGGCUCAAGGAGGAGGAAGCCAGCGAUAGUCCGCCAUUACAGAGACCUCCAACAUGUCCUUGUUAUCAGUGUUUUUCCGGAACGAGUCCAGGUCACCACACAUCACCGUUGCAUCCUUACGAUCGCUUCUUUCCGGCCUCCCCCAUAUCUCCGUUAACUCCAGUAUCACCGGCGCCACCAGGUGUCUACAAUUUCGAACGUUACCUCCACUCCAAGUACCUGCCAGAUUUCUUCCGGAGGAGAAGUCACUCGGAUUCGGAUCUUCCGUUUUGGUUAGAGAAGAACGACAGGACGAGGACUCUGCCGUCAACGCAUCCUUUAACGAUUUCCACGAACUUCCACAGCAAGCCAUUAGAGUUGGACCCCAGUUUACCCCAGGAGUAUCCCUUGGAUCUGUCCAUGAAGACCAAGGAGAAGAUGAACAGCUUGGAGUGUUUCAUUCCGCCGCCACUCCAGAUGUUGCCUCCAGGGUUUCUACCGCCUAGAGGUGGGGUUUCGGUACCCGUGGUCAAAGGCGAUGUGGCUUCUCCAACUACCAAGGAGUCUGUGGCGUCACGUUACAACCUCGAAGUGUCCCCUGUGGUGGAAGAAAUGCCUCCUGGCUCAGACGUUGCCUACGUUUGCCCUGUGUGCGGACAGAUGUUCAGCCUACACGACCGUCUGGCAAAACACAUGGCUUCUAGGCACAAGAGCAGGCAGAGCUCUGGAGAGACCACGGCGAAGGCUUAUUUGUGCGAGGUUUGCAAAAGGUCAUUCGCAAGAAGUGACAUGCUCACCAGGCAUAUGAGACUGCAUACAGGCAUCAAACCGUAUACGUGUAGGGUGUGCGGACAAGUGUUUUCAAGAUCUGACCAUUUAUCCACCCAUCAAAGGACACAUACAGGCGAGAAACCUUACAAGUGUCCACAGUGUCCAUACGCGGCUUGCAGAAGAGAUAUGAUCACGAGACAUAUGCGUACGCAUGCCCGUUACGAACCAGACUCGAUCAACCAAACUCCCGCGAUCAAAAGUGAACAGUCUUGAGGAUCUCAAUCAGUUUCUCACGCCCAGAGGUAUCAUGAAGAAUCCAGAACUAGGAACGAUAUAUGUUGUCCUUUAAUCGUUGAAAUUUAAUGUUUGUUGAAACCUAUCGAAAAGUCUAGUCUUGCAGCCCUAGAGGGCGGAAAAAAUUUGAAACAGUUCUGAAAUGUUUCGUUUUGGUUCUUCCUGAUGGCCUCGAAUGAAAGCGGAUACGUAGAUUUUUCGAGAUCUCAUGUCAUUCCAAGUCGCGUUGAAUUGCCAAGGCCAGUGUGUUCAAAUCCCUUCGCACCUUUUUGUGUAAUGUGCCAAAUGUAAACCUAUCGUUCAAUUAUGGCCAGUGGCAUCGAGAUGUACACCCGUUUUCUGUACAAUGUGUUUGAUGUUUAUACAUCGCGAAAUUGCCAUUACUUACCAUUUGAGGGUUUUGUAAAGCGAAAAUGGUUCCAGGAUCAAAUAAUAAGGUUCGAUCAGAGAAAGCACAUCCACUUGUUGAUUUGUUUAUGCUCAUUGUCAAUUCCUGGAAUAAUUAUCGCGUAUUAGUUAGACAUGAAGUCGACAUUGAAAGACAAAAUGAUUUUGAAGAGAAGGACGUUUGUAACCUUCAGGAACUUUGUGAAAUUGUAAAAUAAUGAUGAAGAAUACUGUGAUAUUUGGACAUUAUGUUGUAAUUUAUUUUUGUGAAAUGAUAAUUAGGUUGCCUAUUUUUGAUAUGAAAUUUUUUACGAAGCAUUAAGAAAGAAGCGUAAUAUCUCUUGUCUUGUCUAUUGACUUCAUGUUGAGAAGCUCAAUUUUACAGUGGGCAUUAUUAGAAGUAAAUUUGGGUCACUUUUUGGAACAAUGUCCAACUUUUGUCGAUUUUCUCAAAAGCACAGAUCCUACCUUGUUCUCAAAAAACAUUAUUGUUGUUCUAUUGAAAAUUGUUACCUGUUCCAUGUUUGUAAUGUUUGUCGAAUGCGAAAGACAAAAUUGUGCCACAUUUGUUUUAUAUAUGUUGAUGUUAAGCAUACUCAUCGUACUUUAUUUCUCACUUUGUACAGUACAGUGUGUUCAUUCUGUUAACAAUGAACGUUACGAAUGAUUGUUAACGUGUUUAAUUUAUGUAUAUUAUUAUUUAUUAUCCUUCGGAAAGUGAUUUUUAAUUUAAUGCAUGUACAAAAGACAUAAUUACUUAACUAUUUAAUUUGUUAAUUUUCUAUUUAAUUUUCAUUUUAGAAGGAUUCCAUGAAUUCGUUUUUAUAAAUUUUUGUUAUUGGUCGAGAAAAUAAAUUUGAUUUAAUUUUGA